GUCCUACCUGGGAGUGGGCAAAUACCCUGAAGGAGAAGAUGAGGGCCAACCUUGAGAUCGCCCAGGACAGGCUCGACUUUCUAGAAACAAUGGUGAAGAUACAACACCUCGGUGAUCAUCUGCCCUGGCAUGCGGGCGUGGCCCGGCGCCAGGCCACACCAAAGCGGCGGCAGUGGGAAAAGGUAGCCCGGAAAGGCGCCGUCAAUAGUGAUGACGGCCCCUCGUGGCUAAAGAGGGCCAUGAACGGCGUCAGAAUGACCAGCCAGGCAAGAGGGGCAUGCCUCUGUUUCGGGAAGGGCGCCGUGCCCCCUCCUUACCCCCCUUGGCCCGUGCCUGCCCGGCGGAGGCUCCUUCCGUGGCAAAUAAGAGAGGCGAGUGUCGUAUCAGCGCUGAAGGGUGCCGACUCUCAGCUGGCGCACAUCAUCCUGGAGGAGAUCGUGGAUGGCUGUCCCGAGGUGCUGUUCAGCGACAUUGCUGGCCAGAAAGAGGCCAAGCAGCUCCACACUGGUAGUGAAGAGCGGAUUCUCGUAAUGGGUGCCACAAGCAGGUCUCAAGAGUUGGAUGCUGCUGCACUAAGGCAUUUUAAGAAGUGGGUGUAUGUCACGCGUCUGGACGUGAACACGCGGAUGCUGUUCCCAGCUAUCUGCGCACCACCCAAGGGCCUGUUGCGCAUUGGGCCAUCGGGCAAUGGCAAGAUCAUUGUGGCCAAGGCACUGCCUUGGCCCACGAGUGCCACUGCACAUGCCUCAACAUCAGUGCAGCUUCGCUCACUUCUGAGUGCGUACCUUUUCGUGGAGAAUCUUGUGGCUGCGCUUCAGUAG